UUACCUCCGCUCCUCGCUGUGAGACAGGUGGGAACCAUGGCUUAUCCCUUACUUUUCUGCCUCCUGCUCGCUCAUCCGGGUUUGGGAGCUGCUGGCGCCAGCCGAGACCCGCCCGGGCGGUCGGAUUCCCCUCGAGAGAGGGCCGUGAGGGCGAAACAGCACGCCCAGCAGCUGGCUAGAGCCUCUGCUUCGGACCCCUCUGCUCCCUGGAGCCGCUUCCCCGAUGGCACCAUCUUGGCUCAGAAACUCGCCGAGGAGGUGCCCAUGGACGUGGCCUCUUACCUCUACACCGGGGACUCCCACCAGCUGAAGCGAGCCAACUGCUCCGGGCGCUAUGAGUUGGCUGGCCUGCCGGGAAAGUCGCCAGGCCUAGCCAGCUCCCAUCCCUCCUUGCACGGGGCUCUGGACACGCUGACACACGCCACCAACUUCCUCAACAUGAUGCUGCAGAGCAAUAAGUCGCGGGAACAGAACUUGCAGGACGACCUGGAGUGGUACCAGGCACUGAUGCGGAGCGUCUUGGAGGGCGAACCCAGCAUCUCGCGGGCGGCCAUCACCUUCAGCACCGAGUCGCUGUCCGCGCCGGCCCCGCAGGUCUUCCUUCAGGCCACGCGCGAGGAGAGUCGCAUCCUGCUCCAGGACCUGUCCUCCUCCGCGCACCACCUGGCCAACGCUACGCUGGAGACCGAGUGGUUCCACGGCCUCCGGCGCAAGUGGAGGACUCACUUCCACCGCCGCGGCUCCAGUCAGGGGCCCCGGGGCCUGGGUCAUAGCUGGCGGCGCAGGGACGGGCUUGGCGGGGACAAGAGCCAUGUCAAGUGGUCCCCGCCUUAUCUGGAGUGCGAGAAUGGAAGUUACAAGCCCGGCUGGCUGGUCACUCUCUCCUCUGCUUUCUACGGGUUGCAGCCUAACCUGGUCCCGGAAUUCAGGGGUGUCAUGAAAGUUGACAUAAAUCUUCAGAAAGUGGACAUUGACCAAUGUUCAAGUGAUGGCUGGUUUUCAGGAACUCACAAAUGUCACCUUAACAAUUCUGAGUGUAUGCCAAUUAAAGGCCUGGGAUUCGUGCUUGGAGCCUAUCAGUGUAUUUGCAAAGCAGGAUUCUAUCAUCCUCGAGUCUUCUCAGUGAACACCUUUCAGAGAAGGGGUCCGGAUCACCAUUUUGCAGGAAGUGCAAAAGAUGUGUCAGAAGAAGCCUAUGUCUGCCUACCCUGCAGGGAAGGCUGCCCCUACUGUGCUGAUGACAGCCCCUGCUUUGUCCAGGAGGAUAAGUAUUUACGACUUGCUAUCAUCUCCUUCCAAGUCCUGUGUAUGCUGCUCGACUUCGUUAGCAUGCUGGUGGUCUACCACUUUCGCAAAGCAAAGAGCAUCAGGGCAUCGGGCCUUAUCCUGUUGGAAACAAUCCUUUUUGGGUCUCUGCUUCUGUACUUCCCAGUUGUUAUUUUGUACUUUGAGCCAAGCGCAUUUCGCUGUGUUCUCCUAAGAUGGGUCCGUCUUCUCGGUUUUGCUACUGUUUAUGGAACUGUCACUCUAAAGCUUCACAGGGUUUUGAAAGUGUUUCUUUCACGAACAGCUCAACGGAUUCCGUAUAUGACUGGUGGACGGGUCAUGAGGAUGCUGGCAGUAAUACUGCUAGUAGUGUUUUGGUUUCUUGUUGGCUGGACUUCAUCUGUUUGCCAGAAUGUGGAAAGGCAGACUCCACUUAUUGGCCAAGGGCAGACAUCUGAUCACCUCAUUUUCAAUAUGUGCCUCAUCGAGCGCUGGGAUUACAUGACAGCCAUUGCUGAAUUUUUAUUCCUUUUGUGGGGUGUUUAUCUCUGCUAUGCAGUACGGACAGUCCCAUCAGCAUUUCACGAGCCACGCUAUAUGGCAGUUGCAGUUCACAAUGAGCUCAUUAUCUCUGCUGUAUUCCAUACAAUCAGAUUUGUUCUUGCUUCAAGACUUCAGUCUGAUUGGAUGUUGAUGCUAUAUUUUGCACAUACUCAUUUGACUGUGACAGUCACCAUUGGGUUGCUUUUAAUUCCAAAGUUUUCACAUUCAAGCAAUAACCCACGAGAUGACAUUGCUGCAGAAGCAUAUGAAGAUGAGCUAGACAUGGGCCGAUCUGGAUCCUACCUGAACAGCAGUAUCAAUUCAGCCUGGAGUGAGCACAGCCUAGAUCCAGAGGACAUCCGGGAUGAGCUGAAGAAACUCUACACCCAGCUGGAAAUAUAUAAAAGGAAGAAGAUGAUCACAAAUAACCCCCACCUCCAGAAAAAGCGGUGCUCCAAGAAGGGCUUAGGCCGUUCAAUCAUGAGGCGCAUCACCGAGAUCCCCGAGACGGUCAGUAGGCAGUGUUCCAAAGAGGACAAGGAGGUCACGGACCACAGCACAGCCAAAAGCACCGCCCUGGUCAGGAAGAAUCCACAGGAGUAUUCCGGUAACACUGGGAAGCCCAAGGAGGAGUCCCUGAAAAACCGAGUCUUCUCACUAAAGAAAUCCCACAGCACUUACGAUCAGGUGAGGGAACAAGCGGAAGAGCCCAGUAGCGUCCAAGUGGGAAGCCGAGAAGAGGCAGCUACUGAAAACUCCACAUUGGAGUCUCUGUCGGGUAAAAAACGCACACAGAAACUGAAAGAAAGUGAGGCCGAGUCCACGGAGUCUGUGCCUUUGGUGUGUAAAUCAGCCAGUGCUCACAACCUCAGCUCGGAGAAGCAGCCGGGGCACCCACGCACAUCCAUGUUGCAGAAGUCUCUCAGCGUCAUAGCCAGUGCCAAGGAGAAGACUCUUGGAUUAGCUGGGAAAACCCAAACAUCAGGCACGGAGGAGCGUGCCAAAUCCCAGAAACCACUGCCAAGAGAGAAAGAGAUAAACAAGAAAUACUCAAAUUCAGAGAGCACAGAGACUAAAGAUUCUGCCUCUCCAAACGUCAAUCAUGCAGAGGAACCAAGAAAACCUCAGAAAUCUGGGAUUAUAAAGCAACAAAGGGUCAAUCUCCCCACUGGCAAUACUGAAAUGAACCCAGGCACCACUCAGAUGAAGAAGAAUUUUGACAUAGGGGAAGUGUGCCCUUGGGAAAUUUAUGACCUGACCCCUGGUCCUGUGCCUUCAGAAUCAAAAGUUCAGAAACAUGUAUCUAUUGCGGCUUCUGAAAUGGAGAAAAGCCCAACUUCUUCCUUGAAGGAGAAAUCUCAUCAGAAGCCUAAAACAGCUGAACUAUGUCAGCAGUCCAAUCAGAAGAGCAUAGACAAGACUGCAGUAUGCCCUUGGGAAAGCCAAGGCCAGUCCCUUUUCAAAGAUGAGAAGCAUUUGAUUUCCAAGACUCAGGCAACCCCAGGGAGAGCUGAGAAUGGCAAUCAGCAUUACGCAGCCAGUGUGUGUGCUGGGCCGUAUGAGGGACUGACCCCCAAAGUGGUAGCAUCAACAGUAGUGAAUGAAAAUCUCAACCAAAUAGGAGGCCAGGAAAAAAAGACAUCUUCCUCUGAAGAAAAUGUGCCUGGCUCUUAUAACUCCAGUAAAAACUUUCAGCAACCUUUAACAACACGAGCUGAGGUGUGUCCUUGGGAGUUUGAGAUCCCCAGAUCAACCAAAUGCUGAAAGAAUUGUAGCUCUACCUGUCUCUUCUGCUUUAAGUGCAAAUACGAUAGGAGGGCCUCAGAAAUAAGACAUCUAGGAUACUUUUUAAGUGUGGCAUCCCCGGGAAGAAAGGAGAAGGAGGAAGCCCUGAAUACUGUGUAAGAAAGAAGGACAAGGAUAAAAAUUCUCAAGGAGUAUUUGCCAAUCAAGGGAAAUGCGAAAAUCACAGGGGAAGAAGAGGAGGGAAGCAGAGCAACAUAGGAGUAGAGUAGUUAGACUGGCCAGGAAGUCUUUCCACCGGUAACACUAGGGAAAUCUUUGAACGGCAGCAUAUUUAGGGGAAAGAGCCCUCAACGAAUGCCCCUGAUCGACAUUUACCCAUGGGACUUUGAAGAUCCUAAGCAAGGCAAACAAGAAGACACAGGAGAGGUAUGAGAGUUUGCAAAAAAGAACAAGGUAUAGACAUAUCUGACUGAAAUUCUAAGUAGCUGACUGAAGAACUUACCUAUUUAACCUUGGUAGCACUGCUAACUUACUGCAUCCAAAAAAUACCUUUUAUAUUAAUGAUUGCUUUCAUUUUCUUAUAAAUGUAUGUUUCAGGACAUUGUUGUGUCUCAUAUUCAAGCAUUCCAGAUUGUAUAAUUUUUGCAAAUAACUUUGAUAUUAUGUGACACAACACAUUUAUGCAAUCUGCAGCUAUUCGAUUGUUAAUGCAACUUACAGAAUACCUGCUGUCUAUCAACUUUAGUUGAUUCUUGAGGUACCGUAAGCUUUCUCUGGCUUGGGAAGCCAUAACUGUUAUGAUAAAAUCUUUUAAUUUUGGCUGUGGUUUAUAUAUUGUGAAUUUGGAUUUAACUCUAUUAUUUCACAUCUUGGUUUGUUAUACUGUCUUAAUAAGGAUUUUUUAUACAAGUUAAGUUACUUGUUUUGCACUUCCUGUUAGGACUCAGCAGCUUUAUUACAUUGGAGAUCAAGUGGUCCUACUUAGUCAUAUGUCUCAAUAAAUUAAGGACAACUUAUCUAUUGUUUGUUCAAAGUCAGAGAUAGAGAAUGCCUUCAUUCCAAUUAAUUGUCCCUUGUAACUCUUUUCAGUAUUUCAUACUUAGCAGCAUUUCAUGAGCAAGAAGCUAAGAAUGAGAAAAAUAUACUGUGCAUUAUUAUUAUCACUGGAAAGGGAAAACUCCAGGAAUGACAUGAGAAUUACAGCAGUACUGCAGAGCCAGGAAAUUUGCCUUUCAAAAGAAGGAUAGACAGGGAGCUCCUGAUAGCACUUUCAAGGGAUUAUUUUUUUAAAGAGAAAAAUUAUGAUAGCAUCAAGAUCAUUAUAUGGAUAUAUUUUUAUUAUGCAUACUGAAUAUAUAAUAUUUUUAAUUACCUUAAACUACUUAUUCUCAUAAGCUCUUAUUCAUUGCUUCAGCUAGGGGUAGAACUUGCUGGCUUAAAUCCCAAAGAAGUUUUUAACCUGGCUAAUUCAAAGCCAAUAAAAUAAUAUGGGCUCUUCAUUCUCCCAAGCACUGGGAAACUUACAAGUCGUGCAGAUCACCACUGUGGGCUACCUAGCUCAAAAUUCAAAAUGCAAAGUUCAUUUGCAAGGCAAAAUAGCCCCAAAGCAAAAUGUGU